AUGCUAUUGGACGCAGCAGCAGCAGCAGCAGCAGCAGCAGCAGCAGCAGCAGCAGCAGCAGCAGCAGCAGCAGCAGCAGCAGCAGCAGCAGCAGCAGCAGCAGCAGCAGCAGCAGCAGCAGCAGCAGCAGCAGCAGCAGCAGCAGCAGCAGAAGCAACAGCAGCAGCAGCAGCAGCAGCAGCAGCAGCAGCAGCAGCAGCAGCAGCAGCAGCAGCAGCAGCAGCAGCAGCAGCAGCAGCAGCAGCAGCAGCAGCAGCAGCCGCAGCGGCCGCCGUCGCAGCAGCCCCUACUCCCAGUUCCUGUCCCUCCCCCUAG